UUGACAUGGAUAAAAGACGGCGUUGAACUGGAAAAAUCAGCCGAUUCCAAUGUAAUCUACGGUAACGAUGGCAGUUUAAUCAUCUCUGCAGCAAGGCUUAGCGAUUCGGGUAAUUACACCUGUGAAGCGGUCAACAUUGCCAAUCGACGAACGACGGAUCCUGCAACUCUCAGUGUCUACGGUGGGUAUUUGCUUAUUCAGCGGUUUUACACAGGCUUGGGAACCUGUACAGCGCAAUAUAUAACCACCAAGGUGGAAUCAUCCGGAAAGCCGAUUUCUUAUUUCGAAGACCCAGUAACCCCUCGGAUUGCUGCUUAUGUAACACCAUACGGUAUACCUUAUGAGGUCGUCAAAUUGGUGAACAACUUCAUGAUUGCCAUGAAUGUUGACGGUACAGCUACAGAGAAAGAUAUUUGCCAGUUUGUGAACGGCUGCAUUAAACGAUACUUUGCUACUCCGUUGUGGCCACUCGGAAAAGCCGAUGACAGUCAAAGCAAAUGUCCAGAGGAGGCUCAGGGUAGACCAGUAUAUGCAGUACGCGUGCCGGGAGCCCCAACGAAUAGUGCUCUCGAGGAAGAACAAUGUCAGAACACGAAGAAUUCCACUAAUGGAAAGACCUCGUGCGUGCGCUCUUCGGAUGCAGCUUAUCUCAGCUCGCUCAACAAGCUCAAUAGCCAUCUCACUCCAUAUAUGAACGGCAAUAGGAGUGGAAGCGAGCCUGCCAACAAGAUCGCGAACUCUAUUCACGAAUUCAGCGCGAGUUUGGACUCCAUCGGAAAGACCGAGCCAACUGUGGCCAGCAAGUAUUAUCUUGUCCAAGGAGAAAUGCUGAUGAGGUUGUUCCGAUUCUGCCCGGAAUGUGGAAAUAAGUUGAAGCGAAGUCGGCUGAGUGCAGUGGGUACAGCAGCCAUUGUGCGGUAUGUCUGCCCUUCUUGCUCACAGCGUGCUCCACAAAUCAAGCAUUGGGUUGGCCAACGUCAUUUCGUGCAACACAAUCGAGAGAAGUCUUUCAAAGGAAACGUUGCCGCAUCGGUAGCGGCGAUCACUACGGGUCUACGAUACGUUGAGCUCCAGCGAUGGGCAGAACUAGCGAGCAUGAGUUUCUUCCGACAAACUUUCUUCUGGAAGGCGUUUGAUUGGACCAAAAGAACCAUGGCUGGUGUUUAUCGUCUACAACAAGAGCAAUGGUUGAAAACUGUUCGACUCUUCUAUGAGAAAGGAGAAGGACUUCAACUCAGUGUGGAUACAUCAUUCAAGAAAUGCCGCGAUUGUGGACGAGUCAAUGAAACAAUUUUCAGUGAUAUAAACCUGAUGGUCAGACGAAGAUGGGGCACUUCCUUCAGCGACUUAUCUAACAAUAAGUUGUUUAUUUCCUCUUUGACGACACAGUGCUCUACCAAAUAUGACACUCUAUUCGACCAAAUGGAGAUGAGAAACGAUCGUUUUCGUCACUACUACUACCGAAAUGAACUGGUUAGAUGGCUGGACGGGCAGCUUCGGAAGGUGAAAUAUUGUUUGUCAUGA